ACGACUGUGCUAGCGUAACGCUCGCGAUGAAUUUAUUGUCCAAACGAAAGCAAAAUAAGUUGUAGAGUGAAGCUUGAGAAUACGCGUACAGUAUCGCAUUAGCUGUAGCGUAGAGAGCAACAUUUAAUUUAUCGGUUCAUUUUGGUUGAUUUUGACCUUUUAAUUUUUUUCUUGACUUUUUUGCGAUCGUUGGCAGAUUUUUUCCAACCAGAACUCUCACUGCAAAUUGAAUACUUGAUAAUAAAAAAAAGCUGUUCAAGCUUCAGACUUGUUUUAAGUUUAUUCAAGAUUCAGAUUUUUUUUCUCAAGUGAAAGCAUUACAAACCAAUUUAAGUUCUACUUACCAGAAAUCAAGUUCAAGUUCAAAAGAAAACGCAAUCGAAAACACGCUGAAAAUGGAAAUAGAUCAUGGGAUCACCAAAUGGAAGAUUCUUGGCUAUAUAAUUGGUUUAAUUGGAAUUGGAGUCAAUAUAAUUUACUUUGAUGGCUUUGAUACAAAAAUAAUAGUUAUUACGAUCAAUCAUUAUAAAUUCAUUAUACUUGCUAUAAAUUUAAUUGCGAGCAUAAUUUGGAUUUUCGGGCUAUUCUUUAACAAACCAGCUCUUCUUCUGCCACUUGUGAUCUGGUAUUCCUCAUUAUUUGCGAUCUGGGUGAUAAACAUAGCAUUCUAUGUAGCAGUGAGAGUGAUCCAAUCAUUUAAUCAGAAAUCACAUAGCAAAGGUGAAUGGGGAAUAAUCUUUGUUAUUUUUGACAUGGUAGCUAUUAUCGCAACAGUGAUCGUUUUGCUCAUCUAUAUACUGACGGUGACAUGUUAUAUAGGGUUUAGAAAGGCCAUUAAACGAAGCCGAUCGGAAAUCCCAAGAUUGGACGUUGAAUACACAGCAGCACCAACCAAAAAUGAACUUUAUCCAAAUUUUCACUGAAUAUUCGGCAAUUUUAGCGCAACAAUAAGCGUUUUGUUCAAUCAAUACUUCAAAAAACAUAUGGUAACACAGGCAAAGGUUUUGUUCAUACACUUGUGUGUUGUUCAAGCAAAGAUAUCAUUAUGCCAACGGUUUAUUUUAUGAAUAAAUGAUAAUGACUAGUGCUCUCGAUUCCGUUCAAGCUUUGAUGAAAGCGCUAAGUAACACGCAUAUAUAUGUGCUGCUGAUAAUAAAAAUAGAAAUACAGAAGUGAA